UUCCAUUUCAGAUCUCUUGUUCUGACAUUUCCCAUUUGCUUGCGACUCGUCUCGUCUCUGCUUCUCUUCUCCUUCGUCAUCUCUCUGUUGCUUUCCAAGUUUCCGCUACAUAUUUUAAAAAGAGGUCCUGGUGAUAUCUGCCCGGAAACUGACCGGAUUCUGGCAGCUUUUUCUCCGGAUCCUAUUUUAUUUCCACGCGGCCAUGAAUCCCGAGUAUGACUAUCUGUUCAAGCUUCUCCUUAUUGGGGAUUCUGGUGUUGGCAAAUCCUGUCUUCUUUUAAGAUUUGCUGAUGAUUCAUACCUGGAAAGUUACAUAAGCACCAUUGGUGUUGAUUUUAAAAUACGCACUGUAGAGCAAGAUGGGAAGACUAUUAAGCUUCAAAUAUGGGACACUGCUGGGCAAGAACGUUUCAGGACUAUUACUAGCAGCUAUUAUCGUGGGGCGCAUGGUAUCAUAAUUGUUUAUGAUGUGACAGACCAAGAGAGCUUUAAUAAUGUUAAGCAGUGGCUGAAUGAAAUUGAUCGCUAUGCCAGUGACAAUGUGAACAAACUCCUGGUAGGAAACAAGUGUGAUCUCAGUGCGAAUAAAGUUGUGUCAUAUGAAACUGCCAAGGCCUUUGCGGAUGAAAUUGGAAUACCGUUUAUGGAAACCAGUGCUAAAGAUGCAACCAAUGUGGAACAGGCUUUUAUGGCCAUGGCUGCUGCAAUCAAAGAUAGAAUGGCAAGCCAGCCAGCUACAAAUACAGCAAGACCUCCAACGGUGCAGAUUCGAGGACAGCCUGUCAACCAGAAUAGUGGCUGCUGCUCUUCUUGAGAUUAUCUUAUCUGAUAUUGGACUGGCUUGCUGGUCAUACUGUGGCUUGUAAGAUCCUUGUUCCUUCAUUUACUUUCAGUCAAUAGCUGUUACUUCCAAACCAACCUCGAUAAAACUGCAUCUCGGAAGGAAUUGUUUAGACCCUAUUCUUUUGAAUGCACUUGUUUAUGAUAACGUGUACAAAAUAGUAGUUCGGUUAAAAAUCAGUGCCUUUCUCAUUCUUCUAA